UUUACAGUCACUGGAGUCACACCUGAGAUAAAAUUGUAGAGUUUAGGGAUCUGUUUCCAAACAUUUCUGUUUUAAUGACUUCGGUGCACUGCUAAAGCUCACUUUCACAUCCCUCUCCUCUCUCCAGUGUGUUAUUUCAGUUGCUGUUUUGACCUGCUGUUAAAAAAUAUAAAGUUGUGUGAAGGAUCCCAAAGCAAAAAGAUGAAGGAAAUGGCAUUUUCAGAUAGGUUUUCCUGCCUUGGAGUUGCUAGUUCUGUUUCUGCUACUCCAAGAGAUCAUAAAUGUUUGGGCUCAAGGUCUUCGUGGUGGUCUUCUCCCUUUCCACUGCAACCAUAUCCUCUUCCAACUGUUAAGGAUUAUUUUCUAAUUGGUUAGGACAUUUCUCUCCCCCGCCCCAAUUUAAUUUCCAAACAAAUUGUUAAUACAAACUGUAUAAAAUGAACAUAAUUUUCUUCACUUGUAUUUUUGUUAUUGAGCAAGUUUAUCAAAAUAAAUUGUCUACUUAAAGAAAUAAAUCUGGUUUGAUUUUGAUUUUAUUUUUAGGGUGGCAUAUAACUGAAACCUUUUCUCACAUAUAAUUUAUUUACUCUGUGUGUGUGUGUAUGCGUGUAUGCACAACCUCCUAACAUAAAGUGUUCUGACAGCCUUAACAAAAACUCACCCCAAAAGUUAAAACAGAUUUAGAAACAGAACUGGGAAACUUCGAAUUAUUUGAAAGGUAGGGAUGGUUAAAACUUUGCCUGGUGCUGAAGACACUGUCAGCAUGUCAUUGUCAUAAACCUCAUUUUAUUUGCAUGCUACCUUUCCAUAGUUAAAACCAGUGCCUUUUUCCCCCCCUAAAAAAAAAGUUUAGGGAUACUCUCAUUUUCCUACUCGUAUUGAAAUACUGCCCUUCAAUGAGGCCAAACUUAGAUUCACAAAAUGUUUAGGGGUAUGCGUACCCCUGCGUCUCCCCCGCACCCUGGGAAGAAAACACUGGUUAAAACCAUCCUUGAGGCGCCAUACAACAUGAAAAAAAAUUACAUAAUUAGAAGUAUAACGAAAAGUCAUAAACUAAAGAAAACUCACUGGAAAAGUACACAACCACACUGAACAAUAAAUCCACAUAAAAAGGUCUAAAAAUAAAGACACGAAGAAGUAAUAUCAAUAACAGCAACGACGACAAAGCCCAGCCCGAAAAGUCUGUUCAGCAGCCUCAACUUUCGUAACUGGAGCUGGUCAGGCCAGGUGGGGAAAAGGCCAGCAAGGGUCUUCCGGGCUAGCAGGUCUUCCAGGACUUGAAGCAGCAGAAUAGCCAUGGGUUUUAUUUAUUUACCGGUAUCUCCUUUUAAAGAACCAUCUCAAGAAAAAGAUGGAAGCGGCCCAAAUGAUUUAAAAACAGCAAAUACGUUUGAAAUAUAUACCCAUGACUGUGGGUGCGAAGGCAACAGCGAGGAAUGACUUGCCAAACAGAGAGAGAAAUCUGAUUUUUAUGACCCGUUUGCGCUGUAAGGAUUCACUUGGAAAUGUCCUUUUUUUGUUAAAUUGUCCCUCCGUCAGAGAGGAAACUCUGCCCUCAUGCUGACAUUGCACAAGAGGGAAGUAUAGCAGCAUGCUUGGGGAGGGGGGUGGUGCCCCUUUAACUUCAAAAGGGACAACCGAAAACCCAUUUUUAUUUGUAUUCAUUGCAUUUCCUUCCAGGAGCUUAAGGUGGCGUACGUAGUUCGCCCUGUUUUAUCCUCACAACAACCCUGUGAGGUAGGUUAGGCUGAGACUUGAGUGACUGGCCUGAGGUGGCCUGAGUGAGCUUCAUGUCUGAGUGGGGAUUUGAACCCUGGUCUCUUCAGGUCUUAAUCUGACACACUGAACCACACUGGGAAGGUGUAUUUACUGUUCUCGGCACAUCUGCCGAAGCGGACAAAAUUCUGGUGAAAAAAUCCUGUUAGUUUUAAAGGCAAGAAUGGGGAACCUCGUGCCCAGGGGCCGAAUGUGGCGCUCCAAUCCUCUCAAUCUGGCCCUCAGAAAUCUCAGGCGUCACACCCUCUGAAGCCGCACACACUUUUCACUGAUUCUGCUUCACGCUUUCUCUGAAAGUUUUUGCCCAGCGGAAAUGCACCCUUGAACUCUGAUCAGGCUUCUUGCUUGCCUGGAUGAAGAAUAAAUAGAGAGCGGAGUCUUAUGUGUAGAAACUAUAGACUAUUGUACAAAGACAAAACCCGCAUUUGUGGCCCCACACGUCACUGGGUUAUAGCUUCUGGAGGGUUACUCAGUGACAAGGGUUCGCCUCCCUUGUUUUAAGGCGCCUGUGGGGAAUCUUUGGCCCUCCAGAUGUUGCCGAACUGCAACUCCCAUCACCCCUUGCCCAUUGGUCAUGCUUGCUGAGGCUGCUGGGAGUUGUAGUUCUGCCACAUCUGGAAGGCCAAAGCUUCCCCAUUCCUUUUAGACGGUGUCAAAAUACUCUCUUUUUUGUCAUACACGUGGUUUUCUCUUUUGGCUGAGUAUAAAACAAACAAACCAGACCUAAACAUUAAUUGCUUUUCAGGCAGAUUAAUUCGCUGUGCGCCUCUUGAGACGCAGCUGUGUUUCCCUCUUCCCCUGCAGAUCUUUCAUCUCCCUCCAUCCGCUGUGGAAAAUGGUUGCUUCUGUUGCCGUUGGCAACGGAAACACAGCUCAAACCAGGGGAGUGUUUGCUCCUCGGAUAAAGCCUGGCUUUACAUGCACAGGGGAAGAUGCAUGGCGGAGUGAGUGAUCGCUGAAGAUCCAACAAUAUGUCGAAGGAGAAGAAAGUGGCAAGUUUCCUGGACAAUGCACAGUUCUUGGAAAAACUGGAAUCCAGCAAUCUGUCAAAGCAGAAGAAGGUGGCUAGUUUCCUGGAUGCACAGUUCUUGGAGAAAGUGGGAUCCAGCAAUAUGUCGAAGCAGACGAAGGUGGCUAGUUUCCUGGAUGCACAGUUCUUGGAAAAAGUAGGUGCAAGUUCAGUAUCAAAUACCACUUCACAAAAAGGAAGCCCAUCUUUGUGGAAUGUUUCUGCAGCAGUCUCUGAUGAUGGAUUAUUGGUUACCAAUAUCAACCAGACACAGGAUUUAAUGAGACUUCAUGAUACGGCAAUACUGUUUGCUGGGUUGAAGUCCAGAGAUGACUGGAUCAAAGUCUAUGGUUUAAAACCCUUGCAACUCUCUUUCGACGAUCUAAUGAAGAAGGGCAGCAUUGUGGUAAAUCCAAAUGAUUCAACAGAGAGUAUUGAAUAUACUAAGGAGGCUGUUAACUAUUUUGAAUCUGAGUUGCGUAAAACUAUUGCUCUCUAUGACAGACGCAUUGAGUGGCUGCUGCAGGAUAGCAGGAAGAUAUUUGGUAUUAUCCAUGGGGAUAAAGUUGGAGUUCUGAUUGACACAUCAGAUGUAAGUUGUGGACCAAGACUGCAGGAUUUCCAAAGAGAUCUUCUGUCUGUAAUAGAUGAGCAGCUGCGUUACACGAGGAAGUUAUACCUCGUUUCAUUUGGUACCAAUAUUUCAUUACUUUGGGAGAAGCCAAGAUUCAUCGAUGAGAACGUUUUAGAUGAAGCAAGACAAUGGGUGCUAAAACUCAAACCCAGUGGCGGCUGCAAUCUGCUCAAAGCAUUGAAGAAAGCCCUUGCAGUAAAAGAACUGAAUUCACUGGUGAUUGUGGUAGGAAGCUGCCCAGAUCAGGCCUCGGAAAUAUUGUCAGAGUAUAUCCAGGAAUGUACCGUGGGGAGAAAACUGUUGGUCCACACUGUCACAUACGACUGUAGCAAUCAAGUUCCUUCUGGUGUGGUAAGAAGCAUAGCAGAAGAUGUGGGAGGCCGUUAUCACUGUUACUCCUCAAAGAGAGAGAAUUGCAACAGCACUGAUAUUCAACUGAUCCUUCAAGAACGCCAAAAGGCCAAGGAGUUGCUCAACAUCAUAAAUGAAAUCUACCAGGGGAGGAUUGGUGACACACUUUUUAACGUAAUGAAAGAAGGUUCCAUGGAGUGUUUGAAGCUUCCCUCUGACACCUCCCUGCCAAAGCCGGCAAAGCAUGAGAGUCCGCUUGCAAUACAAAUCCCUCUUGCAAUACAAAUCCCAAACUUUUCGACCCAAACCUCAGUUGAAUGGUUAAAAAUGAAUGGACUAAAAGCCAGGAAAUUAAGCCUUUAUCAAGUUUUGGCACCCAAUGCUUUCUCCCCUGUGGAAGAAUUUGUGCCUGUCCUUCGGAAAAUGGUAUCAUCCACAUUACAUGAGAAAGCAAUGACGCAGUUUGAAUGGCAUGAUGGAACGAUUAAAAAUAUCCACGUUGAUCCACCCAUACUGUAUGACUAUCAGAAACGGCUUGGCAGACUGGUGAGGAUGUAUGAGAGACGGGUAGACUGGCUCUCCACAGCUAGUAGAAGAAUUUGGGGGACUGUUUGUGAGAAGAGGAUUGUCAUACUUAUUGAUGUCUCCAAAACAAAUGCCAUGUACAUCAUUCAUAUCCAACAUUCCCUGCGACUUUUACUCGAGGAGCAGAUGUCGAGCAAGGAGUUCUUCAAUAUCAUAGCCUUUGGAAAUGACGUUAACGCCUGGGAGGCAGAAAUGGUUCCUUCACACCUAGACAACCUACAAAGGGCCUGGAGAUGGGUACUGGCCCUUCAGUGUGAAGGCACUAGAAAUCUUAUGACCGCACUUAGAAGAGCUGUGGAGAUAGACUUUAAAGAUAAGGACAAGCAUAAAUCUCAAAGCAUUUACCUGCUUACAACUGGAGUCCCCAACCAAGAGAAGCAUGCCAUUUGUUCUUACCUGGCUGAGGUCUGUGGCGGCUGUGAUUUGAACCUACAUGUCUGUCUGUUCAGCGUCGAUAGUUUCUCCCUUGAUGAUAUCCCGCCGCGUUAUGCAAGUCUGAAUGAAACAGCUGCGAUUUUUAAAGAAAUUGCCCAAACUGCCAAUGGUCGGUUUCAUUGGUUUGGAGAAACAGGCAUCUAUGAAAGUGACGAUAUCAGCAUUAUCCUAUCUGAAAUGGAAAAAGCUGUCAACUAUUCUCACAAGUGUGCCAUACUAGUGGGAUCCUUAAGUCAACGUUCAGGAAGUCAUUUGGCUAAUCAGUUGAUGCCUGAAGGAGGCCUAACAAUGCUAGAAGCACAGAAGAAGAGUAGACCACAGAGGCUGCCACUUCCAAAGCCAACUGCCCUCACUCUUGCCAGAAUGAACUUCAGAGACCAGCCCGAUGGGGCCAGAAAUGGCACGAUGAAAGCUCUCCUAUGGCGUCCACCAAGUGCCAAAGCGGAAAUUCCUCCAGUACCUUCAAAGGAAAUAUAUCUGACAAGCGGAAAAAAGAAACACAACUUAAAGUCAAAGAAGGUUUCUCUCUCGUUAAUUUAUGGCAACACAGGGAAAAAAGUAGGUGCAGUUUAUAAAAAAUAUUCAAACACAAAAAAUGCGAGGAAGCAGAUUCCUGUUCCUGUUUUGCCAUUUGAAGAAGAAGAGAUAUGUUCCAGUAAAGCGUGGCUGAGCAGAUUCAGUAUAAAGAAAUUGAAGUUAGACCUGCCCAGCCUUGUUUUUGGACCUGAGUGUGUGCAUCAGAAGGAAAUGGUGGCAUCUUUGCACAAGCAAGUCUCAGCGAAAUACUGUGACAUCUUCCCAAGCGUAGAGAUUCACGGUAUUGUCAAACACCUGCAGAUUCAGACCAAGGACCUGGAAGUGUACAUUGAGCAGAUGGAGAGAGUGUUGCGGUGCUAUGUUCGGAGAGUCCAGUGGCUUCUGUCAGGCAGUCGUCGAUUGUUUGGUGUCGUUUUGGAAGCGAACGUUUGCAUCCUGAUUGAUACGUCUGGUUCCAUGGACCGUUCCUUGCAGGAGGUCACAAAAGAGCUCACCUCCCUUAUCUGGGAACAGCUGAGGAAGAAUAAUGUGAAGUUCAGUCUCGUCAGCUUUGCCGAAGAUGUUGACGUUUGGCAGGAGUGCCUUGUGGAGGCCACAAACGAAGCAUGCCAUGACGCUGUGCAGUGGCUGUCAACAUUUCACGCUCAUGGGAAUACAUCCAUUCUCAAGGCUUUGCGGAGAGCUUUCAGCCUUCCGGACGUUGAGGCUUUGUAUGUUCUGACUGAUGGAAAACCAGACACCAGCUGCAGUUUGGUCCUGAAAGAAAUUGAAAUUCUUUUGAAAAAACGAGCAAUUAUAAUCCACACUAUUUCGUUUAAUUGCUCAGACAGCGGAGCUAAUGACUUUCUUAAGAAACUGGCCUUUCAGACGGGUGGGCGCUACCAUCGGUGCCAUGGGGAUGUGGACGGACAGAUGGCAGCACAUCGGCUACUAUCAGAAGGCUUUAAGGACGAGGAUGAUCCAGCUUUCCCCUUGUUUGAAGGAGAUGAUUUAAAGAAACUUGUGGAUGAAAUCGCAAAAGCUAGGAGCUAUUUAACGCAGGCCAAGUUCUUUAAAUCACUAUUAGAAAAAAGGAACGUAAACCAGAAGGACCGCUGCCCCUGAAACAGUUGCCUCCAGGACACGGAGACAGCAAAGGAGGACUUCAUGGAACAUUAUUGGCUCCAUAUCCGGGAUGGCAAAUGUGUCUUCAUGAAUCCACACAUCCUUCAAUGAAAACGAGUGCACCUUUCAGGCAGCUGGGUUUUCAUUCCGAUUUGUGUUUUCCCUCAAACAUUUGUGCCAUCCAAAACUGGGGGGGGGGGCAGCGUGAGUGACUCCAAAAUCCAGCAGACACGUGCCUGAUUGAUCCCCCAGUUUGAUCUAGAAAAAAACAAUUAGGCACUUGAGUAUGAUCAGACAGCAUCUGAAUGAGAGUAGCACUGCGUUCCUUAAUUGCUUGUUUCAGCUGCGGCUUGCCCAGAGGCCUGUAAAGAAUUGAGUGCAUUUCAAAAGCUUUGGGCUGAUCUCAGGAGCCUUUCAAGGAAAUGCAAUUCAAACGCUUGCUGCAAACCAUCUCUCAUAAAGAAGGGCGAAACAUUGUAGUCUGGGUGCCGUAUCAAAUAGAGGUGCCAAUUGUCCUCCUCCUAGGCUAAGAAGCCAAGGAGCAAAAUGGAAGCACAGAACCCAUGAUCGCUGACACAGAUCCAUGUGGUUUUAAAGCUGAGGUGAAUUUUCAGUCAUGUGAAAUUGGCACUAGAAAUGGGACCAAGGCAAUGUGACAUAUGUUGAUGGAAACCAGCUGUACUGUUUGGUAACUGCCACGUGAAAAAUGGCUUGCCUUCUUCAUAUGGUGUGUGCCCCCCUCUACCCUUCUUUCUCCCUUUAUUUCUCUCUCCAAAGAAAGAUUGGGAAGGUUUUGCCAUUCAUCUUUUUAAAAGAAUACUACCUCUGGUCCUUGGUAAGAUGAACCCAGCUAGUUUGUGAUUUUGAUUAAGUGCUCUGCAUUAAUAGAAGCCCACAUUCUUUCGAUAUCGUGUAAAGCUAUGGGUGGGAUCCAAUGCUGGCCGGUGUAGUCCCUUUAAAAAUAAUUUCAGUUAUAUAAGUCCACUGAUUUGUGUGGGGCUUUUCUGAGUGUGACUUGGUUGGAUAUCAACUCCUGUUUCUGGUUAAACAUAUAUUUUACCCACAUUAGCGUUUUGCAAAGGAGAGGAACAAAAUCUUCAUAGUGUUAUGAACAAACUGGAGUCUCCAAACUCAAUAAACCAUUGUAUUUUUCUGACUGUUGAA